AUUUUUCUAAAAUUGAACCAAUCAAAAAUCCUAUUGAUGUAGUAAUUUACUUGCUUGUUUUGGUGAUAUAUUUUGUACACUAAAGAGAUUGAUUCACCAUAAAUACACUGAUCACCAUUACAACUUUUAUGCUCUCCAUUAUAGACUUCACGUUUAAAGAAAGGUCAAAAAGGAAGAAGAAAGAGAAAGAAAAGAUUCAGUGCACUUAGUUUAAAAGUCAGAUUAAUUUGCCAAAUUUUGAUCAAGACAUAGUUGGCAACUGAUAAUGUUUGGAAAUGGAGUUGUUGGCAUCCUCUCAGAGGCGACCAACAAGUGGGAAAGACGGGCUCCUCUGACUCCUUCACACUGUGCUCGAUUGCUGCAUGGUGGCAGAGGUAAGACUGGAGUGUCACGCAUCAUUGUGCAGCCAUCCACGAAGCGCAUUCAUCACGAUGCUCUCUACGGGGAUGUUGGAUGUGAGAUAUCAGAGGACUUGUCCCAAUGUGGUCUCAUCUUGGGUAUCAAACAGCCCAAGGUGUUGGAGAUGAUUCUUCCUGAUAGGGCCUAUGCCUUCUUCUCCCAUACUCACAAGGCGCAAAAGGAAAAUAUGCCCUUGCUGGAUAAGAUCUUAGCUGAGAGGGCAUCUCUGUUCGACUAUGAGCUCAUAGUUGAAGACACUGGAAAGAGGUUACUUGCAUUUGGACGUUUUGCUGGUAGAGCUGGAAUGAUUGAUUUUCUUCAUGGAUUAGGACUUUGGUAUCUCAGUCAUGGCUACUCAACACCUUUUCUCUCACUCGGCUCGUCUUACAUGUACUCUUCAUUGGCUGCUGCUAAGGCUGCAGUAAUUUCUGUUGGUGAAGAGAUAGCGACCAUGGGACUUCCGUCCGGAAUCUGUCCUCUUGUUUUUGUUUUCACUGGUUCUGGAAACGUGUCUCGUGGUGCACAAGAAAUCUUUAAGCUUCUUCCUCAUACAUUUGUGGAUCCAAGAAAACUUUCAGAACUACAUGAGACGGCCAAGGAUCUUACUCAAGCAAAACAGCCAUCAAAGAGAAUCUUUCAAGUGUAUGGUUGUGUAACGACCUGCCAAGACAUGGUGGAACAUUCAGAUCCUGUAAAAUCCUUUGAUAAGGCUGAUUACUAUGCGCAUCCAGAGCAAUACAGACCUGCUUUCCAUGAGAAAGUAGCACCUUAUGCAUCUGUUGUAGUAAAUUGUAUGUACUGGGAGAAAAGGUUUCCUAGGUUGUUGACUACUGAGCAGAUUCAAAACCUUAUGAGAAAUGGAUGCCCACUUGUUGGAAUCUGUGACAUAACUUGUGAUGUGGGAGGCUCGAUCGAGUUUAUCAACCAAACUACAUCAAUAGACUCACCUUUUUUCAGGUAUGAACCUUCCAGUGAUUCAUAUCAUUAUGACCUAGAAGGUAAAGGUGUGAUCUGUUCAGCUGUUGAUAUUCUUCCUACUGAGUUUGCAAAAGAGGCAUCACAACAUUUCGGAGAUAUUUUGUCCCACUUUACUGUAAGCUUAGCUUCCUUUAGAAAUCUUGAGGAGUUACCUGCACACCUAAAGAGAGCUUGCAUAGCCCAUCACGGAAGUCUUACUCAGUUGUAUGACUACAUACCUCGGAUGCGGAAAUCUGAUCUAGAUGACCCUUCGAUAGUUCUUUCUAAUUCCAAUGCUAACGGGAGGAAAUACACCGUAUUGGUAUCUCUAAGUGGUCACUUGUUUGAUAAAUUCCUCAUAAACGAGGCAUUGGAUAUUAUUGAAGCAGCAGGUGGCUCCUUCCACUUGGUGAAGUGCCAAGUUGGUCAAAUGACAAGUGCUUCGUCAUACUCAGAACUUGAGGUUGGAGCAGAAGAUAAAGCAGUUUUAGAUAAAAUAAUUGAUUCUUUAACUUCCCUUGCUAAUUCAAGCAACUCUUUGGGAUCUCAAGAAAAUGAAAACAACAUGAUAUCUUUGAAGGUUGGGGAAUUCCAACAAAGCAUCAUAGAUGAGAAAUGUGAUGUAAAGAAGGUCUUAAUUUUAGGUGCUGGUCGGGUUUGCAGACCAGCUGCUGAACUUUUAGCAUCAAUCGGUAGCAUGUCAUCUAGACAAUGGUUGAAAUCAUCUAUAACUGCUGAAUUUGAAGAGCAAAAUUGUGUUCAAGUGAUUGUUGCUUCUUUGUACUUGAAGGACGCUGAAGAGGUUACUGAAGGUAUUCCAAAUGCAAAAGCGGUUCAGCUUGACAUUACAAGUCACGAGUCCCUUUCUGGUUGUAUCUCACAGGUUGAUGUUGUCAUCAGCUUACUACCUCCAAGUUGCCAUGGUAUUGUAGCAAAAGCAUGCAUUGAGCUGAAGAAACAUCUUGUCACAGCUAGCUAUGUUGAUGAUUCUAUGUUAAAGCUAGACAAAGAUGCUAAAUCUGCUGGAAUUACUAUUCUUGGUGAAAUGGGGUUGGACCCAGGAAUAGAUCAUAUGAUGGCGAUGAAAAUGAUCAACCAAGCCCAUGCAGCAAAGGGAAAGAUUAGGUCUUUCGUUUCUUACUGUGGUGGUCUUCCCUCUCCGGCUGCUGCUAACAACCCAUUAGCUUAUAAGUUCAGUUGGAGUCCAGCCGGAGCUAUACGAGCUGGGUGGAAUCGAGCAGCCUAUAGAUAUCAAGGGGAAAUUAUCCAUGUUGAAGGUCAGAGGCUUUAUGAUUCAGCUGCAAAGCUUCGUAUUCCUGAUUUUCCAGCCUUUGCAUUAGAGUGUCUCCCAAAUCGUAACUCCUUAGUGUAUGGAGACUUAUAUGGUAUAGGAGAAGAAGCAUCAACCAUCUUUCGAGGAACACUACGCUAUGAAGGUUUUAGUCAAAUAAUGGGGACACUUGUCAAGAUUGGGUUCUUCAGUACCGAAUCUACUCUGAUUCUUAAAGAUGGGAUCAGACCCACACACAGAGGAGUUUUGCUUGGACUUCUUGGAAGCGAUGGAGAGAUUUUUCCUGAAUCAGUAAUUGAUGAAAAAUACAUCACGGAUAGGGUCUUAGCUCUUGGGCAUUGCAAAGACAAGGACACUGCAGUUAAGACAGCAAAAACAAUUAUAUUUUUGGGAUUUCAAGAGCCUACAGAAAUACCAUCGUCCUGCAAAUCUCCAUUUGAAGUUACAUGCUUGCGCAUGGAAGAGCGAUUAGCAUACUCCAACACAGAGAAGGACAUGGUGCUUUUACACCAUGAAGUGGUAGUAGACUACCCAGACGGUCAUGCUGAAACCCAUAGAUCCACACUCUUGGAAUACGGAAGGACAGAGAACGGGAAAACCGCCAUGGCAAUGGCUCUUACAGUAGGGAUUCCAGCCGCCACUGCUGCUGUGUUAUUACUUGCAAACAAGAUUAAAGCAAAUGGUGUACUAAGGCCUAUUGAUCCAGAAGUUUAUGAGCCAGCACUGGAUAUUUUGGAAGCAUAUGGUUUCAAGUUGCUGGAGAAGAUUGAAUAAUUAAUACAGACGUUUAGUUGACAUCAAAAAGUUCCUUUUUUCUGAAGGGUGUCAAAGAUGUUUUCCUGUUCAUCAGAAUAAGCAGGGGAAACUAUGGUCAUAUUACUGUAAAUAGUCUGAUUAGUACCAAAGUAAUAAAGUUGUAUAUUACAGUAGAUAAGAAUUUCUAUUAGAUACAACUAAUAAUAAUAACCGAGCAGUUACUCAAGA